AUUAAACUCACCUGUGGGCGGCGGCGGUGCUUGUGCUGUGUGUUGGAACCGGUCUGACUUACCGUAUGUACCGAGUUUUCCGUGGACGCUGUCGGUAGCUGAGCGGGAUGCACAAAGGCCUGAAGAAGUACUUCGUCAACAUGGACGAGUACCUGUCCAGUCUGGGACUUUACAGGAAGAUGGUGGCCCGGGACGCGUCCAGUCUGUUCCGAGCCGUGUCAGAGCAGCUGUAUUACUCUCAGAACUACCAUCAGAAGAUCCGCCAGGACUGCGCCAACUUCAUGAGAGCCAACAAAUCAAGCUUUGAACCGUUUGUUGAAGGGUCGUUUGAGAAAUACCUGGAGCGUCUGGAGGACCCAAAGGAGACGGUGGGUCAGGUGGAGAUCAAGGCUCUCUCUCAGUUGUACAGACGUUGCUUCCUGAUCUACCGUUACCCAGGGAAACCAGCGACUGUGAUCUCAGAGGAUGACUUUGUGGACAAGGUGACACUGUGUUGCUCCAUCAACGGUCACUAUGACAUCAUUUACCCCAAGAGUUAUCCCACCUCCGCUGCCCUCUGCCAGUCGUUUCUGUACGAGCUGCUUUACACUAAGGUGUUUGGAGUAGAGGAGGCAGAGCUCUGUCAUGCCAUGGAUGCCUUCAGGGUCGGAGGUCGUCGCUAUAGAAACAGUCCAUCAGUGUGUAGUGAUGUCGACAUCAGCUACGACACACAUGAGGACCGAGGGCAAAGGGAGGAGGCGGAGUCAAAUGAAACAACCGAAGAGAUGCCCAGAGCUGUGACAGAUGACACAAAGCCUCCUGCAGACGCUGCGCUGCCCUCCAGACUCUCGCUGCCUUACAAAGUGAUGAAGUCUCUGGACGGAGAGGUCUACAGAAACCUGGAGUUUGAUGUGUGGCAGGACACCUGCAAAGAGAUGCAGAAGACGGACUACAUGGUGUUUGCAGGGAGGCAGUACUUCCUGGGAGACAAGUGUCAGGUGCGCCUGCAGCCGAAGGGGAAGUACUACAAUGCCUUCAUUCAGGAAGUAGGAACGCACCCAUCAGCAGUCACCGUCUUCAUCGAGGAGCUUGGAGAGAAACACCUGGUUCCUCUGACUGAUCUGAAACCAGUGAAUCCAGUCCCUGCCUGGAACAUUGCUGCUCCCACUAGAAAAGGAGAUGUGGACUCUGACCCUCGUGGUCAACGGCACCAUCGCCAGCGUUACUUCAGGAAGGCUCGAGGUAGCAGUGGCGUGAAGGGGGCAGAGCUACUCUUGCCUCCCUCUUCAUAUGGAAGCCCCUCCCCACCCACCCUACCUCCUCGUUUCCAGCCAACUGGCCACCCCCGCCCACCUCCUCCCCUGUCACCUGGAGCCAUGGGCUAUGACCCCUACGCCCCCCCACACCCCCACCCUCCUACAGCCAGAACUCCUCGCUACGGAGCUUCCAGAAGCUCCACCCGUUUCCUGAACCGUCACCUGAUUGGUCCACAGCUGACUUAUUACCAGCCCGGCAGACGAUACUACCACGACUACGAGAACUACGCCUUCAGGUCACGUCGUAGUCGGCGUCAACUGGCAGCAGCUCUGAGUAAGGAGUGUCAGUUUGGUUUCUCGGAGGCCGCGGAGGAGCAGGCUGAUCUGGAUGCGGCCAUCACCUACUACCAGCUGGACGAUGCCAACGAGGGUGUCUUCCCUCCACUGCCGGGCCCGUCUGUGGCUCCACCCUCCAGCAUUGCAGCCCCGCCUCCUCCCUCUGGCCCCUCCUAUAGGGUUCAGAGAGCUUCAGGGCCUCUCCCUCCUGCACCUCCACCAGGAAAUACCCCUGUUUGCUCAUCGGAGGAGGACCAGGAGGACACAAGCACCGUGGAGGACCAGGCUGAAUACACAGAGGAGUACAUCUACAGCCCUCAGGAGCAGAGCUACCAGACUCCAGGUGUCUACACUGCUGCUGAGUCCACCAUCAACCAGGAGCAGGAAGGAGGCACCACUGACUCUCCACCAAGACCAGACAUGAGCUACAGCUACACACAGCAGGUGGUGAAGCCAUUAGCUGUCAUCUGCUCUUCACCCUCCUCUUCUUCCUCUUCACCCUCCUCUCCGUCAUCACGUGUACCUACAGCUGCUCACCUGCAACCAUCUGCGCACACACAGACACGCUCAGUUGCCAUGGCGAUCCCAGCCACCUCCCCCUGGUUGGUUAACGAGAUGGGUGAACCUGUCUGCAUCAUGGCAGCCCCCCCUCCCUAUUCCUAUGACCCUAACGGCAGUGACUUACCCCGAGACUGCAGAGUCCUCCAGUAUUACUUCAACUUAGGAGUUCAGUGGUACCACCAGUGCUGCUGGCAGCAGCAGCAGCAGGCGUACCCCCCCACUUCACCCGAGGCCCCCUACACCUACCAGCACUACCCCCCUUUCCUGAGCCAGGACACACCCCUGCAUGCUGCUCCUCAGUCCUACCCUGAGACGGGUCGAACUUCUCAUCAGCUCCCCUCCUCCUACCCAGAAUCCACCAGGGCAGGAGAUGGACAGACAGAGGGACCCGGCAGUGUCCCCGCCCCCUCCAUAGAAGGUGCCUCCUCCAUCAGCCCAGCCUCUGCCAGCUCCGGCCCCUCCUCUACUCUCAUGUACCCGGAUCAAAUGCCCCUCCCUACAGUCCCGCUCUUGCACCUGCAGUAUGAAGCUUCACCUCCUACUCCCUACCUGUCCUCUGCCCUUCCCCCUCCUCCCCCUUUUCCUCACCCUGCUCAUUCUCACCCUGUCCACCUCCCCCAUCACUCAUCCUAUCACUGCCUCCCGCAUGCCACCCACUGGGGGUCGCUCCAGACUGGAGGCCACACCCCACGAGUCUACUGUCCCACACCCAACCCUGCACAUGUGGUUAGUUACAUCCCCACAGCGCCCCCCCACCACACAGCCACACACUACAUCCCUCCCACCAUCUAAUGCACCAACAUUAGUCCAUUAGUCAAGCUUUUUCAUUUAUUUAUUUAUUUAUUUUUUUGUGGCAAUACAUCUUGAAAAGGCUGAAAGACCAAUAAAAAUGUCACUGAGGUUUUCUUGUUAGCAUGUUAGCUCCAGAGUUUACAGCAGCUAAGUACCUCAAACAUGUCAGCCCCAAUUUAUUUCCUGUUACAUUGGUUUUGGUGUUUGUUAAUUAACCUGUUAUUGAGCAGCUCAAAGUGGGAAGUUUGCUUUCUGUUAUGGUAACACAGGAGCCAGCCGUUUCCAUAGCAGCCUGUGGUGUGGUGCAGCAGUUGAACUGCAGACGUUUUGUUGUAAUUGUUUAUCUUUCAAGUGUCAGCCAGCCAGUCGGAGACAUGGGGUGGGGCUACAGGCUGGGCACGCUCAGCCCCUGUUUGUUGAUGAGGGGAUAUAUUUGUGUUGAUGUUCAGACUGGUGAUGGGGUUUUGUUUCUGGGUGAAUAAAGGUUUUCCACCAGCAGAA